AUCUCCAACGCCAGUCCAAAUCCAAACCCGAAGGAGGGAGAGAGGCUAAGCUAGGGUUCCGCCUCCCACCGGCCGGAGAGAGAGAGAGAGAGAGAGAGGGAUGACGACGGCGGCGCGGCCUACGUGGGCGCCGGCGAAGGGCGGGAACGAGCAGGGCGGCACGCGCAUCUUCGGGCCCUCCGGGAAGUACUCCUCCCGCGACCUCGCCGCCCACACCUCCCUCAAGCCCAGAAAAGAGGGACAACAAACUCAAGAGGAGGUACAGAAGAGGAAUCUUAGGGAUGAACUUGAGGAGCGUGAACGCAAGCACUUCUCAUCCAAGGAUAAGUCCUAUGUUGACGAGAGGGACCGGCGAAAAAGUUCAAGCCUGCUUUUAGAAGGUUCAAAAAGGGAUGAAGAUAAGAUAGUUCCACGUGAAAUUGAUGCAGACGACUCUGACGUGGAGCUCAAAAGUGAUGAUGAAAGCGAUGAUGAUGACGAUGACGAUGACACCGAGGCCCUAAUGGCAGAGCUUGAAAGGAUUAAAAAAGAAAGAGCUGAGGACAGGCUUAGAAAGGAGCGUCAGCAAGCAGAAGAAGAGGCCAAGAUGAAGGAGGCUGAGCUGAUGCGAGGAAACCCGCUGAUCAAUAUGAAUAACUCCGGCUCCUUCAACGUGAAGAGAAGGUGGGAUGAUGAUGUUGUAUUCAAGAACCAGGCUCGUGGAGAGACCAAGACACCGAAACGGUUCAUCAACGACACCAUCAGAAGUGAUUUCCACCGCAAGUUUCUGCAUAGGUACAUGAAAUGAUGCUGCUGUACGCUUUAUGUUGUAUGGACAGUAUGCAUGCUGGAAGAGCCUGUGAUGUUUCUGUAUUCCGAACAUCGAUUUGUAUGACAUAACUGUAAUAUCUUUGUUAUCGUACGAUGAUAUGUUCACCCUGUUCCUAAGAGUACAGAAAAGAACCCACUGCUUGUAUAUUACUGAUGCUUUGCUGUGACCCCAGGAUCUUUCUAUUACUAGUAUUUACUAUUUGAA